CUAACAGCCAGGAAACACUGACCCACUGGCAGAGAGGUUCUGAAUCAACAGAACCAUCCAGAACCCAAAGCCCGUUUGGUCCCAGCCAGUCCCCAGGAGCCCGGGGUCACGGGGUCAUCCUCAGGACAGGCCGUGCCUCUGUGACGGCGCCAUGGAGAAACCGGACCGCGGCUCCGCCUGCGGCCGUUUAGCUCAGUCCAGAUGCUGGACAGCUGUGGUGUCGGCCGCUGCGGCCGCCCGACGCCAAACAAGGCGCUCAGUGUGAGCGGAGAACAACGGCGGCCGUGUUCACGGCCCGGCCACAGAGGAUGCUUGUUCCCCUUCAUCAAACAUUUAUUCAGAACCUGGUCCAGAUCCGCUCCACGAUAUGAUGCCGCUGCACCCACCGGUCCUCCAGAACCGACCCACACACAGCGCUGGAGGUCAGUGAGCUGCUCAGAGACCGACUGGAGGCGGAGCCUUCUGUCCGUGGAGGUCAGCGACUCCUGAGGGUUUCCACCAAACAGAAAACACUCAGCAGGAACAAGAUGGUUCCUCUGGUGCAAAUAAGUAAAGACAAGACAAAACUAACCUACAAAAAACAAUUGAGCAAAAAGUAAGAGCAGCUUAACUCAAUAAAUCAUUAAUAUUAAUGAAAAAGUUCUACUUCUACUGGCAGAUUAUGUCAUUUAACACUCUUCUAUCCCAUUUUUUUAAGUUAAAUAAUAAACAAACUCCUAUAUCUUGUUCAAAUUUUUGAAAAAAUUUCAAAAACUUAAUAUUUUUAGGAUUAAUUUAAAAAUUUCUGAGUCUUCUGGUGGAAAUGUAGUCCAAUGUUGGCGCCCCCUGGUGGUCAGAGUCAAACUGAAGCUCUGUCUGAAUUUACCUGUCUGACCUCAGGAGUCUGUUGUUCCCGGCUUCUGAUUGGUCAGUGCUGCUGGCUGCUGAUUGGCUGUCAGGCAGCAGGUGGGAAACAGCAGUCAUGUAAUGCGACACCUUCAUUCAUCAUUGAUGAGCAGCAGCUCCUGAUGAAGGAAGGUCCAGUUCUGGUCCAGGUCUGGUUCUGGUUUCUUGGGUUCAGGUCAGAAUAAUUCUGUCUAAUUCAUCUGCCUCUGUUGUUCCAUCUCUCCAGAAGAAACGGAUUGAACUCCUGUUCUGGUAAGUGGAUCAGAACCGACCCAGCAGGUCCUGGUUCUGCAGAGAGUCUGGAGUUUGACUCUCUGUGGAUCUAAGGAAUCCACCGAAUCUCCAUGGACCCGAGCCGCACAGAACCCAUGACGGAAGCCCGUCUGUCUGUCUACAGAACCGCCAUGAAGGUUCGGUCUCUGCAAAGGUUCUGCCACAUGGAUGCCGUCUUGAUUCAGCACAUCGCAGCAGCCUCCCAGCUGGUGGGCGGGGCUAAUCCCAGACGUGACGCCAUGUUGAACAGAGAAAGUGUGGCCGCGGUUCUCAACAGGAUGUUUAAUUGCGCGUCCCAGGAAGUGACUGUGGCGGCCUCAGAGGAGACCGGCAGUCUGCUGUUCAGGCUGUUGGACCGAGAGGGGACUGGUCAGGUAUCGGCGCGGUCUCUGCAGACCACUCUGGUCGCUCUGUCUGCGGACAGCGUGCUGGCCAAAUACAGGAGUCUGGUUCAUCUGUCAGGAGACGGCUCCGGAUCCGUCACCAGGUCUGCACUCAGCUCUCUGCUUCAGGACCUUAGCAAGGUACCUGCGGCGGUCCAGGAGCAGGAAGCGUUCGGCAGCGUGGAGGAAGCAGUAACUUCCUGUUUUAACCAGGGCAGGGCUCCAGCAGUGAGCCAAUCUCAUCUUCUCUCGUGGCUGAAGAACGAGCCCCGACUGUUGCUAUGGUUACCGACUCUCUACAGACUGUCGGCCUGUCAGAAUGUGAGCCAUGCCGUCCGCUGCCACACCUGUAAGGCCUUCCCCAUCACCGGGCUCAGGUAUCGCUGCAGGAAGUGUGUGAACGUCCAGGUGUGUCAGGAAUGUUUCCUGAACCGCCAGCAGACCAGGAAGCACAAAACACACCACCCAAUGGUCGAGUUCUGCACUCAGCCCACCUGGAAAGAGUCUCUGUCCUCCUUGGUGCAUAAUGCUCGUCAUGCCCUGUUGCCUCGGCGACACACUCACAGAGAAGCUGAUAGGACGAGCAUCCUGACGUGGGCGGAGCCAGCAGAGACCCAGAACAGAGCUCCGCUCACCUCUGAUGGUGUGACGCCAUCGGCCGCCUCGGCGCGUUCUUCCUCCUGUGAUGAAGAGGAGGCCCGGGACGCUGCAGUUCAGGCAUCUCCUCCUCUGUCGUCAUCCAAGUCUCUACAGACGGAUGAGGCUCCGCCCCCCCAACAGGGGUUGGCGCUGCUGACUGAAGUCAGGAACCUGCAGAGAGAUAAGUGGUUGCUGGAGCAGCAGGUGGGGGCAUGGCGCCUCACUGUCCAAUCAGAGCAGGGCAUCCUGGAGGACCGCUGCUCUGAGAUGGAGGUCACCAUGGCAACGAUGAGGCAGCACAACGAAAGGCUGCAGGACAUGCUCAACCAGGCGCUGAGAAAGAUGGAGGCUCAACAACACGCCAACAAUAUGGAUCACACUGAGGGAGGAACCGCCACGCCGACCUCUGACCCUCCAACUGACGACGAGGAAGAGGAGGAGCUGAUGAAGAAUGGGGACGAAUGGAGCCUGAAUGAGACUCAAACUCCAUCUCCCACAAUUCUACGCAAAUCCAGUCCAUCACAUGAUGAACAGGAGGUGGAAAUGCCAGAGGACUGUCAGCCAAUAGGACGACAGGAAUCAUUAAAAGACCUUCAGCCAAUCGGACGACAGGAAUCAUUAAAAGACCUCCAGCCAAUAGGACAACAGGGAGACCCUGAGGAGGCGGGCCUACAAACAAAUGUCCCCCAUCUGUCCGAUGCAGAGGAUCCUGGGACUUGUAGUCCUGAAGUCUUUCUGCAGCAGACUGUGGACAGACUGAAGACGGAGAUGGACAGGAGAAGAGACAGAAACACAGGUGAGAGUGCGAGGGCGGAGCUAGCGGCGGCAGCGGAGCAGGUGGGGGAUGCAGUGUCCCGCCUGGUGGACGCUGUGAGGACAAACUGAGCAGGCGUGGCUCUUAGAAAACAUUUUAUUCAGAACCAACAUUUA